CGUUACACUACAUUGUAUUACGCUACGUUAUACUUACAUUACAUUAUAUUAAUAUCAACAAUUAAACAAUGUACGGAGUAAACAUUGAAAGAGUUACUAGAAAAUUAAGUAGGUAGUUUAUAGUGUACUUACAAAAUUGAACCAGUAAAAGAGUUUCGACUUUUCGAUUGCUUCUUCUCAGAUCCCUCCGGGGCAUAGCAGUAACGUUACAGACGGUUGAGCAACAAAGUAGUAUUUCGAAUUGCUAUCACGUUCAUUUUAUUUGCAUCGAAAUGUACAGCACGAAAUCAAUUCGUCACGGUGUGCCGUGUUGGAUUGCCUGGCAAAAACAAAAAAGGGAAAGGAAAAAAGGCGCGAACGACUUUGAAGCGUUUGAAACGCGAAAUGGCAUCAGAUCGGUACAUAUAUCGGAGCCGAGUCAAACAAAACAUCGUAAAUCACGAUCGGCAACGGGAAUCGCCGCGUCAACGAAAGAUAACGUUUCUUCUCCUUUUUUUCUCUCUUUCUCUUAAUCUUCCUCUCUUUCUCUCUUCCUGACGCAUAAAUCGACGACGAUGUUUUCCCAACGAUCCGGGGCCCCUCAUUCGUUUCGCAAUGUUGUAAAGUGGUAUUCCGCAAUUUACCGCGAAGUGAUGUCCUUUUAUUUUGCUUUCCGCCGCCGCGCGGAACCAGGCUGCAUACCGGCGUUCUACAGAGAAGUCUACGAGAAGAUCUGCUCUCCCACAAGUGGAAAUGUGGAACGAGAGGUGUUUAAAUCCCUGCUUGUCAAGUCCCAGCUGAGCAGCUCCGUUCUCAGCCAGAUAUGGGAACUGGUGGAUAGCAAAACGGGCUACCUGGCCAGGAGCGGACUGUAUAAAGGCCUUGCUCUAGUCGCGUUUGCUCAGCAAGGGAAACAACCAAGCGACAAACUUUUGGAGAACUCUGAGUCUCAAGAAUUACCUAUACCCGUCCUCGGUGACCUAUCGGAGGUAACACUUUUGGCUCAAAGAUUGCACAAAGGCAACAAUCCGGCGAAAUUGAAUCUUACGUACACGGACAUUUGUAACUUGGACACAAUAGAAGUCAAUUUGGUGCCUGAGAAGAAAGGAAUUUUUUUAAAACACGUGGAGUACCAAGUUACAAGCAAGAGAUUUAAUUCCGUCGUUUAUAGACGUUACAACGACUUCGUGUCGUUGCACGAGCUUCUCCUGGCGAGGUUUCCAUACAGGUUGAUACCAAAGUUGCCGCCGAAAAAGAUCGUGGGAGCGGACUCUCAAUUCCUAGAAGAAAGAAGACGAUCCCUCUUGAGAUUCCUCACGGUAAUCGCCCGUCACCCGAUAGUGAGCAAUGACCAUAUCGUACAAUUUUUCUUCACCUAUACCGGCGAGGAAACCCAGCACAAGAUCCGCGAGGUGUUCAGGAGAGUUCCGGACGAGUUCGCCACUUCGGAGCUGUCCUCGAAAGCGAAAGAACUGGUACCGCCGGAAACGUUGACCGAAUUCGCGAACAGCCGCGAUCAAAUCCGGGUGAUACUGUUGGGGAUCUCGCGGUUGAAAAAUAUCACCGAUUGUUUGGCGAUCAGGUCGCACAGCUAUGCCGUGGACAUGGCCGAGCUGGGCACCCAGCUGAGCAACUUAGCCUCGGAACCCCAUGGGACUACUGCUUGGGCCACUGGCGGAUCCACCAUUUGGCAGGAGAUGAAAAAAGGCUUCCACAUUAUUUCGAAAGAAUUUAAUUUACUCUCGACAAGAGCCCUUCAGCAAGCAGUCCGGGAAGAGACGAUGGUCUGCGAGAGGCUGAAUCUCCUUCUGGACAUUCUGGUGGCGCACAGAAUACUUUGCGAGAGGCACGAACGAGGAGUCAGCGCUGAUCAUCAGCGUGCUUUGUCUACCAUGCUAUCGUUAAAAAAGCGACAAAUGCAAGGAGUCAUCCGCGGCACUGAUACUGACACUGUCGAAUACUUGGAAAACAAGAUGGUCGCCCAGGAAUCGGUUAUCGCGAACGUUGAACUGCGAAAUUGUUUUUCGUUGCACUGUUUACACAUGGAAACGCAACUCGUUCAUGCACAUUUAGAGAUAUUAGCUACGGUCUUACAGAGUCUUGUGAACGUUCAAAUACGGGGCCAUUCCGAGCUUGCUGAGGUUUGGAAAUUAAUAGAGCCAACGAUCAUGAAGUGUUUACCGGAGAAGUCGACGAGCGGAUCGAAUGGAAUCUCAUAGGGCAGUGAAAGUUUCUUCUGUGGCAAACAGUUCGUGUUUUGUGUUCAGAUCGUGACGAUUGGUGUGCAAGUUAUAAGGGUAUUGAUGAAACCGAGACUCGAGGAUAUUUUUCACGUAUAGCUGUAAGAUAUAUGGAUAUCGAGUUCAUAAAGCGUUAAAGCUACCUAAUCAAGAUACCGCACACAUGUUACACGUAACGUUAAUAAAUGGAAAUCAUUUGUAACACAAAUCGAGUGCAAUAUAGAUCACAUCACAUAGUAUGUUCCAACAUACGGGAUAUUCCAACGUGCGUGUUAUAAACUGAUUUUUACGAAUUCAUUAAUAAUAUAAAAAUUAUAUUUUUCUAAUUUUUAUACUACUGGAAAAAAUAAAUUGUUACAUACAAUAAACGUGUAAAAGGAGGGUAACUUCAAUGUCGUGGAUAAAAUUGAGAGAUAAAUCUUCAGUUUAAUAAUUUUAAUAUAAUAAAUAUAAUCGUUUUUAUUAAUAAUUGUCCAUACGUUAAAUGCUAAAUCAUCAACAUAAAAAAUAUCACAAAAUAAAAUAAUUAAGAUACUACAAAUCUUAAUAAAAUGCGGAUGAUGAAUUGUGUCACUCAUAUAUGACCAACGUGGUAACCAAUGCGUUAAUAUGUUCGUAAACAUCGAAUUAUAGUACUCCAUGAAACAUCCUGUAUGUAAGGCAAAUGAAAUUCAAAGACUCAUUAAGCAUUCCUUGUUAUGUACUUAAUAUAUUUUAUGAUCUAAUUAGACGAUCGCAUGCUAUUAUGUAUAUAUUAAGUCAUGCUUUUUCCUGUAAAAGCAAUAGACAAGUAGAUGUGUAUAAAAUAACGAAACAACUGUAAAUAAUAUGGUUAUUGAGAUACUAUGUUUUUAUAUGAGUUAGAAGUCUGACAAGUGUUAUCAUUAUUCUCCUGUACCAUGUUGAUCGUGGAUGUGCAGAAUAUUUUACACACAUUUAUAAUACGAUACUCUCCUUUGUAUAACAACAAUAAAAUAUAUUGUUAUUAUAUAA